ACAGGCUUAAACGGAGGCUGAAAGACACAUGUGCUGGAAUAAUCCAUCUUCUAAAUGAUGGUUGAAUGUUUCUAAUGAGGACUAGAAGCUGGAAUAACAACAGUCUUUUAAUCUUGUGUUUAACAGGAUUGUAUUUACACACAAAUGGAAUUACGGUGCUAAUACCUCAUCAUUUUGUCAGUGCUUCAGUGGAUGAAAAUGCUAUUCUAUCAGUGGAAUAUAGAUGCACUGGAGUGCCUACAAUUAGAUGGAGGCAGCUAUCAUCACGGGGAAUGACAAAUAUCAUCACCUGGGAACCAGGCAGUUAUCAAAACAUUUCAGAGAGCUAUCAAGACCGGAUUCAGGAAUACAGAAAUGGGUCUAUCCAGCUUUCUAAUGUUCAGUUAUAUGAUGCUGGUUGCUAUGUUGUGACAGUGACAGAUAAAGUAGGAGGAAGCAAGGAUGGUGUUAUUAUAUUGAAUAUAAAUGAACCAAUUUAUAAGGACUUGUAUUUCGUUGUUGUUGUUACUACAGUUCUUUUUGCAAUAUCUAUUCUCCUAAUGUUCUUUCUAUGGAUCUGCAAUCAAAGUGUGGAACUGUAUAAAAUGAAGAAGAGAACACAAAGUGUAACAGAUAUGGAACUAUCAGCACUUUAAUAUUGCAUAACAUGUUCCAGUUUGUUUGUUUGACCAACAUUGAGAAAAUCUGAAAAUAGAAGGAACGUGAAGGAAUAACUAACACUAAGAAACUUGAAUGGAUGAAUGGACAUAUUUUGUAUGAUUUUAUCAUGAAAAAUAAUAGCUAAUAUGAUGAGAUUUUUGCAAAAUCACGAAAUGAUCUCAAUUCUGUCAUAUAUUCAUUAUUGCAACAAACUUAUCUAUACUUUGUAUGUACUCUGAACAACAGUUCUCACAUAAAAUGCUUAUUUUGAACUGUGGAUUUUAUAGUAAGUACAGAUUAAAUUUGGAAAAUUGAAGCAAUAAAUGUUUAACUCUCAUCUCAUAUUUAUUUAAACUCAGUUCAUGGAGAUCCUUAAACUGUUGAUUUUUGAAUCUAUUUGAUGAACUCAGAUGCUGUAAAGAAUCAAAUCUGCUUAAAGUACCAGAAUGGCAAAAGAGUUUACUGAAAAAGCCACACUGAAACAGUGGAUGUUGUAAAGAACAUUAUCUUAGCAGACUGUGGGCCAUUAUUAAUAUGCACUAUAAAGCUUUUACAAAUUACUGUAUUUGGGGAGUGUAUGUUAAUUAAAGUAAUAUUUUCAAUAAAUCUAUUUUAAAUAGGCUCUAUUAAACAAUGAAAAUACCAUAUAAAAUGUCAAUAUUUCUAUAUUUCUGAACAUCUAUUACUAAAAGUCAAAGAUAGUCUUGCUUUCUCCUAUCAUAUAUUGAAAGGUUUUAAAGUACAAUUCAGUGUGUAUAUGAAUAACUAUGAUAUGGUAUUUAGCAAAGCUGCUCAGGAAAGUGCUUGGUUAAAUUCUGAAUCUGUGCUCAAUUACUUCAAUGACGUAAGUGACUGUAAUCCUCUCCCACGUUUAAAGAAUAAGUAAACAUAGUUAUCUACUUUCACUAUUCAAUCAUUCUCACUGUUACAAAUCUAUGCAAUGGUCUUUACAGAUUGGUAUUCUCCUCAACGCUUUCUAUCCAAGAAUACCCUCCAAAACAGAUAUUGUGCAAGAUGCCAAAAAGCUGUAAACAAAUUAUUAUCUUGCAGAACUGAAAUGGAGAAUUUUAAAUUUAUUCAACUUUUUUUUGUUUUAUGCAUGCAUUAAGCCUUAGUUAUAAAUUGUAGAUGAUAUUUAUGAAUUACCAUUUCCACAUUACAACAUUCUAAAAAAAAAGUAUAGUUCAGGGGUGGCAUGGU